AUGUCGGUGGCCUUCUCGCGCGACUCGACCCGGCUAGCGUCAGCGUCAGACGACAGCACUGUCAAGAUCUGGGACGCAAGCAGCGGGACGUGUGUGCACACGCUCGAGGGCCAUAGCAGUAAUGUUAACUCGGUGGCCUUCUCGCACGACUCGACCCGGCUAGCGUCAGCGUCUUGGGACAGCAUUGUCAAGAUCUGGGACGCGAGCAGCGGGACGUGUGUGCACACGCUCGAGGGCCAUAGCAGUACUGUUUGGUCGGUGGCCUUCUCGCACGACUCAGCCCAACUAGCGUCAGCGUCAGACGACAGCACUGUCAAGAUCUGGGACGCGAGCAGCGGGACGUGUGUGCACACGCUCGAGGGCCAUAGCAGCCAUGUUAGGUCGGUGGCCUUCUCGCACGACUCGACCCGGCUAGCGUCAGCGUCUUCGGACAGGACUGUCAAGAUCUGGGACGCGAGCAGUGGGACGUGUAUACACACUCUUGAGGUUGAGAGAGUUCUUUUCGACUUAUCUUUCGACUCUACGGGUACUUCCCUCCAUACAGAAAUUGGAAUCAUCGCUAUCCCUCCUUUCCAGGUUUCUACUAGCACAGACAUGACAGCAUCAAAACCACAGUACCAAAAUAUCAGUCUAAGUCCAGAUAUGGUUUGGAUUGUGCGCGCCGGAAGCAAUGUACUGUGGGUACCGUCUGAGUAUCGACCGUCAAGGUCAGCCGUGAGUGGGGCUCUAGUAGGCAUGGGAGUAGGAUCAGGGAGGAUAUGGUUUUGUGAGGUGAAAUAG